GAAAAAUAUAUUUUGACGUCAAAGAGGUAAACUUGCGCUCGACGCAUUUGUUCAAAAUGAGACACGAUUUCAGUUAAAUUUUCUAUGGCGUUCGCUAGAUGGGGCUGCAUGUUAAACUUUUUACGCUGACGAAAUUUUGCAUUGGCUUCCAUUUGAAAGUAGACGACAGUAAACGGUUUAUCAAAAAGUAAGCAUGGUGUUUCGAGGUAAAUCAACACCAGUUAGUAGACAGAGCGCUGUGCUACAUCCGGAAAUCCAAUCGCCUUUUCCAAGAGGCGCAGAAAUAAGCAGCAAACCGCUGCUUGUUGGAGAGAUGCACGAAAACAUACCUAGCAGACCAGCAACAAUGUCUCACGCCCGACCGAGGGCGAGUCAAUUAAAAUCGAGGUCUGUUUUGGUGAAAGAUUCUUCCCAUGUCCAAGACCUAUCAGCUCAUGCAAUUCCUUGCAGCACGAACAGACAACCUAGAUCUGCACCAGCACCAACUAACAUGACAUUCCUUCCAAGCGCCCAGGAAAAAUUAAAAAGCAAUCGGAAGUUACUCGCCAAAGUGGUCGGCUUUGAUGCAAGCGUGUUUCAAGCACAAGCUCAAUAUCAAGGAGUUAUGAGCAAUCCUGUAGCUGCAGAUCAUGCUGCUAGUGACGAGGAUUUAAAGAUCUCUUCAGCAAGAUUCAACAACGCAUUUUCUUCACGACGUUCACCGAGGAGACUUUCAAGCGACAAUGGUCCGGAAAUGUCAAGGUUGGAAAUACUAAGGGGACAAGGUUUACCAGCAACGCCUAGAUUACUGCGAGGAGGGAACUCAAAAAAGUAUGGUGUGAGGCGAGAAAUAUCAUCCGAAAACCAGCUCGAACUAUCCCCUGACGUUGUGCAUGCCGGACCAGACACCAAAUCGAGAACAAGGAUUAGUUCUUCGGGUAGUGGUGCUCCCUUGCAUCCAAUGAAGCUAGAAUCAUUGGACAAGACCGUCGAUGAAACGGGCUCUUCCAUUGGGUCAACCCCAAGGCCAUCGAUUUACCACGUCACACCUCUGGGCGAUGAACUCACCGAGAUAGCGGUGACAAAUGGACUGAUAUGUCGUGACCGUGAUAGGGACGUUCCGUGGGUUUAUUGUUACAAGGUGAAACGCGAUCGAUUGAAGCUCAGUAAACUUCUUUCCAGCAAAAGUGUGAUGGACCCUGCUGUGGAUGAACUGCUCCCAGCGUUUUGACGUCAUCGGUCACGUGAUAAUGAGGCACUUAAGCUGAAACC